UAGUAUACACUUCUUGUCUUUUCCCUACUAAAAUAAUUAAAAAAAUAAGAUCUCUUUCCCUUUCGAAACCACCGAAACCCACCAGCGGCGAGGGGAGCGGACGCCGAGGCGGCGGCGGGGUUCGUCGAUGCGUUCGGAAGAAAGCGAAGGAAUGCAGGAGUGGAUGAUAUUGUCAGAGUAGAAAAAAAAAGUUUUUCCCCCCUCUUUUAUGGGCAAAGAUAUGUUAGUACCAUGAAGCUUUUGGGCAGUCAUAAGGAGGAGAAAGGGGAAGAUCUGGUAGAUCCUAGGAGCAAACCAUGGCUUCUAAGAAAGCCUUGGCAAUGCAGCCAAGCAAGAAAAUUUGCAUGACCUUGUUGCCGCAAGACAUUGUUGAACUGAUACUUCUGAGGCUUCCGGUAAGCACUCUGCUGAGGUGCCGUGGUGUCUGCAAGCAAUGGGAUGGCAUUAUUCGGGAUCCUCAGUUUGCCAUGGUGCACAUCCAGCGUGCGCCGCGUCGCCCCCUAUUUUUCUUUCAACGAGAGAAUUUAGUCCAUCUCCUCUACCCUAGUGAAGCAAUCCUCUUUGAUGAAGCAUGGUCACCAUCAAAAUGGGUUGUACCUGUGAUCGAGCCUGAUGAUUUUUUAUGUGCUUCAUGCAAUGGACUUAUUUGUUUACACUCGGAUAAAUCAACAAUCAAGAUAGCCAACCUUGCAACUGGUGAAUGUAUGCAUCUAGUAAAACCUGUCAGGAACUCAAAGACUGAUCACUUCUCUUAUUACAGCUUUGGGUUUCACCCAGUGACAAAACAAUACAAGGUAAUGCACUUUCUUCGUGACGAGCACCUCCAUGUUGGUACUAGCUUCAGCAUAAUUCAAGUUUACACACUCGGUGAUGAGAAAUGGAGAGAUGUUAGAACUCCACAGGCUUUAAGCUUGAGAUGUGUGGAAAGAUCUGGAGUUGUCAAUGUUGGUGGGGCAAUGUAUUGGCUGACUGAAGAUGAGGAAAGUGUUUGGAAACAUGCAGUUGUGACCUUUGAUCUCAGUGAAGAACUUUUCCAGUGGUUACAGCUCCCAGCAGUUGAUCCUGCAAACUAUGUGCUUGGUGAUCCUGACCAGUGGCUGAUUACAGAGGUUGAUAGCAAUGUGUCUGUAAGCUAUUACGAGACAGGGAAGCUGCAUAUCUGGACAAUUGACAGCAAGAUAGAGCAAAGCUGGAGUCAGAAGUACAACAUUCGCUUAUCAAUGCUUGAAGUUCCAGGACCACAUUGGAUCUGCGGUGAUAAGAUUAUCUUGCAUGAUUUUAAUAAGAACCUAUAUUUCUAUGAGUUGAUGGGGAAGAAUUCUGAGAUUGAGUCGAGCAAGUUAGUGAAGCAAUUGAGAUUCAGCCCCCGCAACAACAUGCAAUGCUUUAUGUUUGUGAAGUCGCUUGUACGGUUGGAUGCAUUCAGAAAGGCUGGUGUUGUGCGUAGGCCAAAGCGACAGGAGGGUUGGAAAUUGAAGAAGUGGGAAGUGUGGAUGGAUAGGCUCCAUCGACUAGAGAAUCAUUGCAGAAGUAUCCAUGAUAUGAAACACAAGAUUUAUGAAAAUGCAGAUAAAAUGGGCAUGGAGAUCAAACUAGAUUUGCAGCAGACACCAGAUUUGGAUAGUUCCCUGCGGCUGAUCAACUGGUUGGAGUAUAGGCGGGUACUAGAGAUAUUGUGUGUUAAUCUCGACAACAUGCAUGAAGUAUUAACGGUCAUGAACAACACAACUGGUGCUGCCCAUAAUAAGGAAAGCCAUGUGGCAGAUCAGGGUACUUCGAGUUCAGCUGUUGGCAUAUCUGGCUCAUGACAACGACGACAAUGUUAACCUCAUGAUAUUUUGGUGAUCCUUAAGUUUGUAGCAGCACAAAACUGAGCUGACACUUUUAGCUUUUGUCUGUUCAACCAUGGCAUCUGCCUAUCAUCUUUGACGCCAUUAUGUCUGUCAUCUUUUCUUAAAAUGUUACUGCUAAUGUCAGUUAUUGUUUACCGCAAUGUUGAUGGUGUCAAUGCAUUCAUCACAACGAAGAAAUUUUCCUGCAGAUA